CAAAACAUCCCCGUAUGUGACUUGCUUGAUGGCAGAGAGGUCUGUACCUGAGCCAGCAACCUCUCCAAGGCCUCCCAGUUUCAGGGUCACGCUGUGCGGCGCCUGACAAGUGAGGGGCAGCCUGCCAGGGGAUUACUGCCAGUGAACAAGCACGCCCACCUUACCGGCAGGCCCGGCGGCCUGGCCCUGGGAGAGCAGGGAUGGGCAGUGGAGCCCCGGCCAGCAGUACCAGGAAGGAGGCCACAGCCCCAGUGGGGAGCCCCGUGCAUGCUCAGCUGGCCCUCUGAACAGCAGCUGUUCGCAGGCAGGCCCUGGAGAGUCCCAUGUGGCUGGAAGAGGGGCUCUGACCAUCAGGAGGAGCCAGCCUCUCAGCUGGGGCGCAGGAGGGCAGGAGCUGGCACAAAGCGAAACCUGGGCCCAGUCGCAGCAGUGUCCUGACAACCCUCGAGCUUCCUGGCUUUCUCCUCCAGGCGCUGGGGCCUGGCUCCCCGCCGGCAGAGAGCUUGGGCCAGGCUGGCCACCGUAGGCAAGGCGAUUGCAUGGAAUCCAGGCCCUGGGCAGCCCACCUGCUCUCUGCUGGGAUUUGGGUUCUAGGGCGUCCCCAUUGCAGGGGACGAGGGGCUGCCGUGGUGUCUGCUCAUGAACCACAAGGACCCCGACUGCUCCGGACUGGACCAUUUCAAACCGCCAAAGAAGGGGACCCCCAGAGUUGGCAGUCAGCCACCCCAAGGGACUAGAGGGCUGAAAUGGACUGACCUCCCCCUGGCUGGGGCAGCGGGCACAGCAGAGCCUCUGUGGCCCAGCUAGUGACUGGAGAGACCAGUGAAGCCACAGCAAGGCUCGGAGUGGCCCAGGGUACCGAGGGAAGGGACAGGGGGAGCCCCCUCCUGCCAACCUCACUGAGAGACAAGUGGCGUGGGCCCUGCCACGGCUUGUGCCCCUAUGCCCUGUGCACACGGGCUACUCUGUGGCUGGCCCCACCUCGGGCUGGGAAAGGAGUGGCCACGGUGACCUCCGCCUGCCGGGUGGGCCGGCCCCCUGCUGUUGCGCACCAUGAAGUGCUCCCUGCGGGUCUGGUUCCUCUCCGUGGCCUUCCUGCUGGUGUUCAUCAUGUCGCUGCUCCUCACCUAUUCGCACCACAGCCUGGCCACCCUGCCCUACAUGGACUCGGGGGCCCUGGGGGGCUCCCACCCCCUGAAGCUGGUGCCCGGCUCCGCUGGCCCGCAGCAGCACCUGGGCAGGGAGGGGAUUCUGGGCAAGAGCUGUGCCUGCCGCCACUGCGUGGGUGAUGCCGGGGCCUCCAGCUGGUUUGAUAGCCACUUCGACAGCAACAUCUCCCCGGUCUGGAGCCGAGAGAACAUGGAUCUGCCCCCGGACGUGCAGAGGUGGUGGAUGUUGCUGCAGCCUCAGUUCAAGUCACACAACACCAACGAGGUGCUGGAGAAGUUGUUCCAGAUCGUGCCGGGCGAGAACCCGUACCGCUUCCGUGACCCCCGCCAGUGUCGGCGCUGCGCCGUGGUGGGGAACUCGGGCAACCUGCGGGGCUCGGGCUACGGGCAGGACGUGGAUGGGCACCACUUCAUCAUGAGGAUGAAUCAGGCACCGACCGUGGGCUUUGAGCAGGAUGUUGGAAGCCGCACCACCCACCACUUCAUGUACCCAGAGAGUGCCAAGAACUUGCCCGCCAACGUCAGUUUCGUGUUGGUGCCCUUCAAGGCCCUGGACCUUCUGUGGAUUGCCAGUGCCCUGUCCACAGGGCAGAUCCGAUUCACUUACGCCCCAGUGAAGUCCUUCCUUCGAGUGGACAAAGAAAAGGUCCAGAUCUACAACCCAGCCUUCUUCAAGUACAUCCACGACCGGUGGACAGAGCACCAUGGGCGCUACCCGUCCACAGGGAUGCUGGUGCUUUUCUUCGCCCUGCAUGUGUGUGAUGAGGUGAACGUGUACGGGUUCGGGGCCGACAGCCGGGGCAACUGGCACCACUACUGGGAGAAUAAUCGGUACGCAGGCGAAUUCCGCAAGACUGGUGUGCACGACGCGGACUUCGAGGCGCAUAUCAUUGACAUGCUGGCCAAAGCCAGCAAGAUCGAGGUCUACCGGGGCAACUGAGCCGGCCUCGCCGCUACCCUCCCGGCCCGGACUGUGGGCCAUGCGAGGCGUCCUCGCUGCCCUGCAGGCCACCCGG